AAUGAAUUGACUGAUUAAAUGCAUUGAGUUUUUAAAAACAAUCGCUGCAUCUUAAAGUUUAAAGACAUGUUUUAAAAUGUUCACAAACGAGGAUUUUAAUAACGUGAAUAAAUAUGUUGCUAUCAAGAACAUUACUGCGUGCACAACGUCACAAAUUUGAAAUUAUACGAAAAUCUUUUACAUAUUCAGAAAAAAACACUAAUUGGACAAGAGUCUAUCGUCUGAUUAAAGUUGGCUCAUUUGCCACAGUAGGUUUUGCAGUUUGUGUUGUCCUUGCUAAUGAAGAAGAAGCUCCCAAAAAAAAACUUGUUAUUCUUGGUUCAGGUUGGGGUGCUAUGAGUUUGUUGAAAUCUCUUAAGCCCGGUUUGUAUGAUAUUUCAGUUGUCUCGCCAACUAAUUAUUUUGUUUUUACUCCAUUAUUAACUGCAGUUACAGUUGGAAAUGUGCAAUCGAAUAGCAUUAUUGAACCUGUUCGAAAGAUUCUUACAAAAAGAUAUAAGAAUACAGGAAAAUUUUAUGAAGCUGAGUGCACAAGCAUUGACAUUGAGAAUAAAAAAGUUACUUGUCACGAUAAAUCAGUGACAUCAUCAGAAUUCUGUUUGGAUUACGAUUAUGUUGUGGUAGCUAUAGGAGCAGAAACUGCUACAUUUAACAUUCAAGGUGUUAAAGAGAACACACAUUUUUUGAAAUCAGUUCAUGAUGCACAUGCCAUUCGCAAACAUAUUAUGGACUCAUUUGAAUCUGCUGCAAUUCCUGGCCAAUCAGAUAAAGAGUUACAACGGCUUUUGCAUUUUGUUGUUGUUGGUGCUGGACCAACAGGUGUUGAGUUUUCAGCACAAUUGCACGAUUUUGUAAAAGACGAUCUCCAGAAAUAUUAUCCAAAACAUUUAAUUGAAAAAGCCCAAAUAACACUUAUUGAUGGCUUAAAGAGGGUGCUUUACACAUUUUCUGAAGAUAUAAGUAGUUAUACAGAAGAGUUGUUUAAGAAACAAGGUAUCAAUGUGGUUACUAGUACUUUUGUAACAGGAAUUGAAAAAACUCAAAUAAGUUUGCAAGAUUCACAAACUAAGAAACAUAGUGUAAUGCCUUUUGGGUUAUGCGUAUGGUGUGGAGGGAUCACACCAAGAGAGUUAACAAAAAAAGUCAUCAAUCAAAUUCCUGGGCAGAACAACAAAAUGGGGCUUCUGACAGAUGGUCAUUUGAAAGUUAAAAACACAUCUAAUGUAUUUGCUCUUGGUGAUUGUGCUGUGGUACAAUAUACAAAAAUAUCAGAUUAUGUUGAAAUGUUGUAUGACACUGAAAUUAAAAAUGGCAAAAAUUUAUCUCAGUUUGAAGAACUUAUUGAAAAGGGUAAAAUGAAGUAUCCACAUCUUAGCUACCAUUUUAAAGAACUUAAAAAGCUAUACAACUCUAAAGUUUUGAAACUUGAAAGUGAAGGAAGUUUAUCCUUAAAAGAUCUUCAUAGUCUAGCAAAAAUUGUGGACUCAAAAAAAAAUUCUUUAGCACCGACAGCUCAGGUGGCAUAUCAGGAAGGAGUUUACUUAGGAAAGUUGUUGAAUGAACCUGAAAUGUUAGAUAAUGAAGCUUCAUUUGUGUCGGCUGAACCCUUUCUUUAUAACCACUUAGGAACGUUUGUUUAUAUAGGAAACAAUCAAGCUGUUUUAGAGUCCCCUAAAAUUGGCGAUUUUAAAGGUUAUUCUGCUUUUUGGAUGUGGAAGGGAGUCUAUGCAAGUAAAUGCAUCAGUCUACGAAUGCGCUGUUAUGUAAUAUUUGAUUGGAUGAAGUCUUAUCUGUUUGGAAGAGAUAUUUCUCGCAGUUAAUUUUUGUAGCUAAAUACUUAUGCGUUCGUGCAUUUAAAGGCAUUUAUUUUGG